GUAAUGCACUCAUUGUGCUCCUUGUGGCCCUGGAUGGGCGCCUCCACACUCCCAUGUACUUCUUCAUCUGCAACCUCUCCUUAGUAGAGCUCUGGUAUACCAUAGUCACUCUGCCCAAGAUGCUGGCCAACUUUCUAAGUGCCCAAGGGGUCAUCUCAGUUCCCAGCUGCAUCACUCAGUAUUACUUCUUUUUCUCCUUGGCUGCCACUGAGCUCUUCAUCCUCACCACCAUGGCCUUUGACCGCUAUGCUGCCAUUUUUCACCCACUCCACUACCCACUGUUGUUCAGUCCCCAAACGUGUGCAACCCGGGCUGGGAUCUGCUGGUUUGUGGGUUUCCUCUGUCCCAUGUUCCACUCCUUUCUCCUUGCACAAAUCUCUUUUUGCACACCAAACCAGAUCAACCACUUCUGUGAUGCAGAUCACAUUUUCCACCUUUCUUGCAUAGACACAUAUGUCAUUCAAGCAGUAGGCUAUGCUUUUAGCACUGCCAGUAUCCUAGGAGCCCUAGCCUUUACCAUGGCUUCCUAUGCCCAAAUCCUGGCCACAAUAUUAGCUAUGGCCUUAGCUGCAGCCCAACGCAAAGCCUUCUCUACCUGCACAGCCCACCUCUCCGUAGUAACCAUCUACUUUGGUAUUCUCAUCUUCAUGUAUGUCCGCCCGGCAGUAAAAUAUGAGUCAAACAUCAAUAAGAUUGUGGCUAUUUUCUACUCAGUCAUCAUCCCACUUCUUAAUCUUCUCAUCUAUACACUCUGUCACAAGGAUGUCAAGGAAUCUCUGAAGGUGUUGGUGUCCCGGAUCCAAAGAAUCUGCCAGGCAAGCAAGCAGUCUCGGUGA